AUGAACACGACCAGACGGCGCAUCGCCUUCCGCAGCAAGCCCGUCUCUCGAAAUAGCGCCCCUGGGAAGCAACGAUACGCCAUACAAUGGCAGCCGUCUGGCCCUUUUCGCUUUCUUGAUCUUCCUCCAGAGCUCCGUGCCGAUAUCCUCAGGCUCGCGAUCGCGGAUGCUCGAAGGCACCACACGCUUGUCAACAUGAUGCUUGUCUGCGAGCAGCUCCAUGAUGAGGUCGCAUCUGUUGCGCGCAAGUCGACAGUCAUCGAUUUGACGAAACGUUCGGGGACUGUCACGCAUCUGGCGGACGCCUUUUCUUCGGUCUCUUCAAAUGCAAGAGUCAGCCUUUGGAGGCAUGUGGGCAGCUUGGUCAUAUGCAUGUACCUUGUAGAUCAUAUCAACGUGUUCUGCAACUCACUGGGUACGGCACUCCAGCACAUGACCCAGCAUAACUCUCUCAGAAGCCUGCGUCUCGAGAUCAGGAGCAAAUUCCCGUCAGAUGACUUCUGGGGGAGUCCUGCCAAUGCUACCGAUGGCGACAGCCGAGAUUCUGUCGACGAAGCCAAUACAGCCUCUGGCCGUGAUGUGUGGCAAUAUUCCUACUUCACCACAGGAAGCACAAGACGCACCAAGGGCCUCAGAGAGACGGAUAUCUUUGCACCAAACCUCAUCUCCACACUGCCUUUCCAGGACUUGCUCAAGUUUCUCUACCAGUGCGAGGUUCCGCAUAUAUCGUUUCUUGUCGAUGCCAGUGAUCACCACAGGUUCUGGUGUGCAUUCCACCAGAAGACGAAAGCCGUGCAGGACUUUGCAACGGUCGCCUGUGCUGGAAUCCCGCCCGGUGCUCGCCACGCCGACAUAGACUGGAGAGAACUCAUCCGCGCAUUUGCGGGGGCGAGAUUGUCGUGA